CUGGACCUCUCUCUCACGGAGGUCGCGUGGCUUCGAUCUUCCCCCCCGACGAUUCUCGCGGGUCCCUGAAACGCUCUUCCGGUAGUUGAGCUAUUCUGUGUGUCAAGAGAAAUUAUUUAUUUAUUUUUCUUGCAUCUACAUUGGCGGAUAACCUUUGAAUAAAAAGAAGACAAGAUCAGGACUUUGUUAUCAUUAAUUUAUCACCACAAACAUGGAUACUGACAAAGUAUUGUGUCCGAUAUGUGCCAAGGAAUUCGAUUCCUCUGUCAUCGAGGCCCAUGCCAGCAGGUGCUUAUUCCUGAAUGAAUCUACGAAGGACGAAGGCAUAAUGUUGCUUAGAGACUCCAGCCCCACAAUCAAAAGAAACAGGCUAAAGCCGGCAAGUGUGAACAGAGUUAAUCAAACGCCUGGCAAGAGAAAGAGUUCUUUGGAUCAGCUAACUUCACAGAGUUUCAGGGACGAAGAAGAUAUUAAGGACGUCGUGCCACAGAAAAGUGCAGAUAACGAAAGCAAGAAGCCACGCGGAAACGAGCGUGUACCCCUCGCAGAACAAAUGAGACCUACGUCGCUACUAAACUUUGUAGGCCAGAAGCAUAUCCUUGGACCUCGCACCGUGCUCUCUGAACUCCUGCAAAAGGGCGAAAUACCUAAUAUGAUUCUCUGGGGUCCGCCUGGAUGUGGCAAAACAUCUUUGGCUAAUGUCAUAGCGCAUAUAUGCAAGAACGACCGUAAGCAACGAUUUGUUAAGCUCUCUGCUGCAAUGGCCGGCGUCCAGGAGGUAAAGGAAGUCAUCAGUAUCGCCAGCAAUCAUACCAAAUAUGCGCAACGUACAAUAGUGUUCAUGGACGAGAUACAUAGAUUCAACAAGUUGCAGCAGGACGUGUUCCUGCCGCACGUCGAAUCGGGAACCAUUACUCUCAUCGGGGCGACAACGGAAAAUCCCUCGUUUAGCUUGAACUCCGCAUUGCUGAGUCGAUGCAGAGUGAUCGUUUUGCACAAAUUAUCCAUCGUGAAUUUACUAGCGAUCUUGAAGCGUGCAGUAAUUUCGCUGAAAGGUAUAAUACAUGCAUCGGAUAAAGGUGAAAGCACUUUGCAAGACAUCAGCGAAGAAAACACAUCGGAGGAAAGUAGAGUCGAGAUGGAAUCGUCCUGCAAUACGAAGUUUAUUGUAGACGAACCGACGAUAGAGUGGUUAGCUGGAACUUGCGACGGUGAUGCUCGCAUAGCGUUGGGAGGACUAGAAAUGGCAGUACAAUGUAAAGCACCGAACGAGGAGGAAUUAUUGGACGCUGGUCCGGCAUUAAUAACGCUGGACGACAUCAAGGAGAGCCUGAAGAAAACGCAUAUGCUGUACGACAAGACGGGUGAACAACAUUACGACAUGAUCUCUGCGUUACACAAGUCUGUCAGAGCCAGCGACGAGAACGCUUCGCUUUACUGGCUGACCAGAAUGAUCGCCGGCGGUGAGGAUCCGGUUUAUAUCGCGCGAAGAUUAGUGAGGAUGGCUAGUGAAGAUAUUGGCUUAGCUGAUCCGAAAGCUCUUGGAAUAGCAGUACACACGAUGCACGGUUGCAAAAUGAUCGGGAUGCCGGAGUGUGAUGUUCUUUUAGCGCAAUGUACGACUUAUUUAGCGAGAGCACCAAAAUCUAGACUGAUGGAAGAUGCGCUCAGAGCCGCGCAAAGAACGGUAGCCGAGCAUAAGGGCCCGCAGCCAGGAGUGCCCCUGCACUUGAGGAACGCCCCCACAAGACUCAUGAAAGAUUUGGGGUACGGUAAGGGAUACAACAUGAUGCACAAGGACGAAUCUGGAUUGGGCUAUCUGCCGGAGGGAUUGGAAAAUUUAGAUUUCUUUGGAGAUGACGAGGAUAACAUCUAGAAAUGCUGUGGUAAUUGCUUUAGUUUAGUUAUAUUUUGUCAUGAUAUCGCGUUAUUUGUUUCGUACAAAACGAUUCUUAUUACAUUUUAUAAGUUUUAUACUAAAUCUCUCAAGGAUUAAAAUUUUAAUUAUCGUAAAUGUAAGCUAUAGCAUGUAUAUGUAUAUAUAAUUACAGUAUAAAAUAUUUUUAAUAAUAGUACAAGGUGUAUAUAAUACUGUAACCAUAACAGGAUGUAGAUAUAUAAUACUGUAAAAAUAUUAAAAAAUAUUUUUAGUGAUCCCUCGCGCGACCAGAAAAGUAAUUAAUUUGAGAUUCAGUUGAAUAAAAAUAGACUUAAAUUUAGUUUAGUUAUAUUUUGUCACAAUAUUGCGUUAUUUUUUCGCGUACAAAGAGAUUCUUAUAAAAUUUAAAAGUUUUAUACUAAAUCUCAGGGAUUAAAUUUUUAUGCAUUAACAUAAAUGUAAGCUAUAGCAUGUACAUAUGGAGGGGUAAAAACCGCAGUGGUUAAGUCAAAUUUUUAAAAAUAUUUUUUCGUGUGCAUAGAUGCACUUUAU